AUGGUUUAUGUUCACUUUAGAAACUUGCCUCUGGUUUGGAUUGCACAAAAAACUGGUUUCAUUUCAAUAUGUUUUCCUUGUCUUCAGGUGUUGUGUAUGUUCUACUCAACCAUGUGCCUGAUCAGCAGUCCGCUUUGCUCAGAGGCAGCCAAACUCCGCUGUGGCUCAGAGCUCAUCAAUGACCUUCUGUUCGUGUGUGGUGAUCGUGGACUCUAUCUAGCUAAAGGCACAUGGUCUGGUUAUGGUUCUCGGCCGAGAGGGAAGGGCAUCGUGGACAAAUGCUGCCGCUCAAAUGGCUGUGACCUGCAUCAUCUGGAGAUUUACUGUGCAAAGGCAAAGAAACAACAGCAGACGACAUCGUGGCCUAGCACAAGCACGGAACCCCUCACUAAAAAACAAACAGACGUGGCCUAUCAGUUCCAAGCUGUAUUUCAGAAAAGACUUUUACAGCACCUGGGGCCACCCGACAGUCCAAAGAGGGAGGCUUAUAGGAACAAAACAAAGCCUUCAUUCCCAAAGAAAACACCAUCACGCAGGAAGAUGAACCGGCCGCUCGCCAGUAAAGCCCCCUUCAUGGCCACUACAAGGACAAACCUUUGACUGACCUUUUCAGAUGGUCCUCUUUAGCGAUUUGAUUCAGUCAGUCUUAUGAACCCUCCUUGGAGUAUUGGCCUUACUCACACCAUCAGGUGUUCCAUGUGCACCUGUUGGGAAUAUGCUGCUUUUCGUUUAAUAUUUUGCAUACUUGAAUUGGUGUACAGUGAUCCCUCGUUUUUCGCCGUUAAUGGGGACCAG